ACCCCUAAUUUUAGCAAAUUGAUCUUGGAUCACUCGGAAAGCCAUCUAGGAUUGGAUAAUUUCUCAUGCUGAGUCGAAUGGUGACGUUUGUUUUCGGAUUCGAAAUGAUCUGACACUGUUAUAUGAAUAUUUCCGAAAUGUCGACUCAUUUGUUAUAUAGCGGUAGAUCUUGUGAAUUUUUGAAAAUUCUUAAAUAACACUAUCAAAUCAUUUCGAAUCCGAAAACAAACGUCACUAUUCGACUCAGCAUGAGGAAUUAUCCAAUCCUAGAUGGCUUUCCGGGUGAUCCAAGAUCAAUUUGCUAAAAUCAGGGGUCUCAAGAAAAACCUUAUAACUCUUCAACGGAGCUAGCUAGAAAAGUCGGCCUUACGUAGAUCGAUAGAGAACAAUUUUGCCUAUAAAACAAGUAAAUUCAUAAUCCAGUAAAGUUGCGAAAUGACUCCAGAAUAACGGGUUCAAAAUGUCCACUGAGAAUGUAUUUGAUUGGUCCAUUAUCAACGAAUAGUAUUUUAGCACAUAUUAUGUGUCCCGGUCUUAUCUUUGUAAUGAUGAAAACCGCACCUCUCUAUCUAGUUCCUAUCAAAAGUUAUUAAAAAAAUGCCCAACCGCCUUUUUUUUUGGAAAUGGAUAAUAGUGAUGCACAAGGAAAAAUAACUAAUUAAUAUAAAUCGAUAAGAACUAAAACCGGCAAGAGAAAGUAACAUAAACAUACAAGAGACCAAGAACUAAAAUCAAAGAAGCAAUGGACGUACUUAGUGUAGAAUCCUAUCUACAAUAGAAGUAUUUUCAAAACAAUAUCAUGUAUAUGUAAUUUUUCAAGAAAAAAUUAAAGAACAUCAGCUGAUGCCAUCAGUUACUGACCGUCUUUUCUCUUAUAUCAAUAUAUCACAUAAUGAUUAAUUUUUGAUUGCAUUUCUUUUGACAUCAUUCUUACAUGAACACGAAAAAUUUUAUUUUCUCUUUUCCAAUUAUUUAUAUUCAACAUACAUUUAAUUCUGUUUAUUUUAAUUUUUCACUGCAGUUGCUUCGACGUAUGAAGGCGGAUAUGUUGGCAUAUAUUCUUGAUGCUGAUAUGACUGUUUUGGCUCAUUGUUCAUUGCGUAGGGAUGCGACUGAGAAUCUGCCACCCUUACAUUGUUCUUUUUCACACAAUAAAUAAUGAGGAGAAUGAUAAGAAUAAUGAGGAGAAUAGCCACUAAACAGCCAAUGGAAAUACCAAUAAUGGCACCAGUACUGAGAUUUACAGUAUCCGUCGAAGAAGUGCAUGAACUAUUAGCAUUAGUACCAUAUGCAGUUUGGUAGCAUGUAUUACCCAUUUUUUAACAAAUUAUUCUAAUGAAUAUUUAUCGUCCAACGAAAAGAUAUUUAUGUUUACACCAACUGAAAGUCUGAAUUCGAAAAAAAAUUUCUUUAAUAAAUAUUCUCACUAUUCGGAAGUAGAAUAGUGUGUUGUUAUAAGCGUAGACAAAAAGUAACCAGUACGUAACUAUUGACAAACUUUUUCUCAUACAUUUAUUCACCGAAUAUAGUUGGAAAUUUUUUUCACUCUAUGAUGUCAUAAACAAACAAUUGACAAGAAUCACGAAAACAGUUGCAAGAAAUACCAACUCUCUUAAGUAGGAUGCCUAAUGGAAGAAAUUCAAUCAACAACACUUUGAAUAGAGUAUAUAAUAGAAAUAUUAUUCAGAAAACGAAUGAAAAAUUUAAGAACAUGUCUAAUGGAAUGUCUAUUGAAUUUUAGCAACAUCAGGUAAUAUGAAUGCAUUAGAGAAAAGAAGAAAAAAAAUCAUUAUUUAUAUUUCUUCGUAAUAAAAUCAACAAAAAAAUGAGUAAUUGGAAAAUAAUUUUUCGUACUUCAGUUGGCUUUUUCCGAGAUAUUUUGAAGUUUUUUUUCACCUUACAGUUGUACUUCUUUAUAUAAAAGACUGUGUUCAAGUCAGAAGACAUGUAUUAUUAGUUCUGUUGCACUGAGAAAAUAAAUGCUUCACAUGAAUAGACUCGGCUUGCCUAUUAUACUCAUAUUAUUUAAACUUAUUUUUGUUACGGGAGCACCUCCAUCUCCUGUUAAAUUGGUUGUCAACAAUCCUGGUAGUGAGAGCUCAAGCGAUAGAUCGAACAGUAAGUCUUAUACGUAAAAUUGUUGUAUAUAAUAAUAUUGUUAUACUAUCAACUAAAAUUGUGUUUGAAAAACAAUUGAGAAUAUCGUUUUCAAGCCUUCAACCAAAACUAAACUGACACAGUAGAAUUUAAUAAAUAGAGAACUCCUCUAUUCUGUUCUUACAAAUUAAACUAUCCUAGAUGGUGUUUCACCUAAAUCAUCAGCAGCAACGGCGUCGAGCUCAUCAUCAAGUUGUUUUUCGAGCGAUACAUUUAUCACUUUGUCCAAUCAAAAACAAAUUCCAAUUGAACAACUUCGAUCCGCUGAUGAAUUAUUAACAACUGAUGGAUCUAUCAUUUUUCCAACGCAGAUGAUGAUCAUGCUUGACAAAAGCAAAUUCUCACAAGCUAUGUUUCAUACUAUUACAACUGCAUCUGGACACAACGUUAGCCUCACUGAACUCCACUUAAUUGCUAUCAUUAAAAAUGAUAACACAAUAAAUUAUGUUCCUGCUAAACAGAUUAAGAUUUAUGAUGUUGUUUAUGUUAUGUCUAAUGAUAAACUUGUUUCAUCAAUAGUUACAAAUGUAAUCCGAGAAAUGAAAACUGGAUAUUAUGCACCAUUGACCACAAGUGGUACAUUAUUUGCCAAUGGUAUCUUGACUAGUUGUUAUGCUAAUGUUCAUAGUCACAAAGUAGCACAUGUUGCCAUGAGUCUAUUACGUUUUUAUCAUUGGUUAGCUCAAUUAUUAUUUAUUAAUGAACCUUUUGGCCAUCAAGACAUGGAAGGUAUGCAUGUCGUACCAAAAGUUAUGUACGAACUUGCUCAAUUUUUGUAUCCUUCGGCACUACGCUUUUCAUAA